UCUCAGCCCCACAGCAUCUCCUCUACUCAGAGGAUUGUUCCCAAAGGGACACCUCUGGCACCAACCAGAAAGGACGAACAGAAAGAUGUGAAGGCAUGCCAGCCUGCACAUGCAUGCAGGAGGAGGAAGGAUGUAAAGGUACCUGGGUAACGGCUGCUAGGCAUAAGAGACAAGGCAAUAAGCAGGAAAGGUAAUAAAUUAAACACACAGGUGCACAAACCUUAAUGAAAUGCAGGUGAUAGAGAGAACUAACACUUAAAGGAAAUGGCAGGAUCAUUAACUAGCUUAAGCCACAUAUCUAGUAAUCUUAACCCUUACGUAAGAUGUUUUAACAAGAACUAGCGUAAGGAAGGGUCAAGAUGACCCUUCGCUCUGCUUGCAUUUUUGUAACCAAUCACAAGAUAAGGAGGUAGUAAAUCAGAAGGGAAUGAACACGGAGGGUUCUCUGCUAAUUAGGAACCGGUCUGAGUAAGUUUUGUGGUGAAGGUGAAAAGUGCACAGUGAGGAAGACAUACGGCCUUCAUCCCUGAGACCCCGGCCCACCACCACCAAGAGGCACUGCGCGUGCGCAGCUGAGAGGAGUUAAAGGCGGAGACAAUGGAAAUGAACUCAUUGUAAUAAGACCACCUUUCCACGGAAAGAUCAUGAAUAUGUAUAGGUGCUUUUUGAAUAUGUAACAUUCUAUCCUAUAAAACUCAAAGGGAAUUGCUGCAAGGCACGCACGAUUUUGGUGGGACGACCCCCCGUGCUGCCCAGCGCUGAAUAAACAUACCUACUUUACAACUUCACAGGUUGUGGAGUCUGUUUUCCGUGCGUCAUUUUGGCGAGCCAGCCAGGAGACACUCUGCUCGGCUGCGGGAUCGACUGCGGAGCGGACGCUCCUAGGCGCGCCCCGAGCACUUUUCUCGGAGGAGCCUCCACUUCCAGCCGCUCACCACGGGAGUAGACAACGACCUCCUGAAGUUGCGGAUAAACGGUAUGUUUAGUAAGGGGGCCAGUAAGUCGCUGGGGACGCCCGCGCUUGGCCGGGGCUGCUGGUAAAUCGCGCAGAGACGUCUGGCGUACGGCAUAGUCCCCGUAUGGGAGGAGGGUACCCUGUACAUUAAGGAAAAGGGGGAUUCGCUGACCGAUAGAGCGGCCGCUAGCGAUCUUGGGAGUAGAUCAAGUGAAUCUGAGGUUACUGCUGCAUCCCAAUAUUGGGAGCCAGGAUGGACCUGCUAAUGACUGUAUAAGAAGCUGGAGAAGGGUAAGCGGGCCUCUCUACUUGAAUAAUAUUUGCAGCUGCUGGAGGGAUAAUAACUGGAGUGAGGAUUGUAUGUUAAAAGUUUGUUGUGUGUAUGUAUGUGUGUUUUGAGACACAGCGCCGCUGUGAAGCGAGUGGGAGUCCUGAUUUGCGGUUCCGUGAUUCCGCGAGGAACACGGCCAGAGACGGACAAAGCGCCUGGACUGUUUGUAAAAUUUGUAAAUGCCGUGAUAUAUAUGUAAGUUGGGUUGGGCUGCCGUAGUGUUUAGUCAAUCUCUUAAGUAUCGGGGAAGGUGUGUGGCUGAUCAAAGUGGUAGGACAGAGAGUCACUCCUUUGGUGGUUUAGGGCUCGAACUUUGGGAAAUUAAAACAAAGCACAAUAGCUAACAAGAAAACGACCUAGAAAAUAAGGAUAAAGAAACAGAGAGAUGGGUAACUCUCAGAACAAGGAUAUCUUAAGGAAAAGCCCCCUCGGUUGCAUAUUGACACGCUGGAGGGAUAUUGUUGGAACCGGGGGUACAGAGAAUAAGACGACCCUCAUUAAAUAUUGCAAUCAAUGGUGGCCGCUUUAUAAGCUGGAAGAUGGAGCCAGGUGGCCACUUAAUGGAACAAUUGAUUACAACACUAUGUUGCAAUUAAUGCUGUUUUUGAGGAGAGAAGGAAAAUGGGAUGAAGUGUCAUAUGCAGAUAUGUUUUUCACCCUCCGAAACCAUCCGGAGUGGCAAAGGGACUGUGGAAUGGUGCCGCCACAGGACCCUAUGGUACUCGCCCUAGAGCGGGAAAAUAACAAAGGACUUAAAGGUAAACUGAGGCGGUGUUGCUCGGCAUGUAGUAUUGGGCAAAGAUGUGCUAGGAAAAAUAAAAUACACCUGGCAUCAGAACAAGAUUUAACUGAUUUGUUUAAGCCUCCCCCUCGACCACAGGAACAGGAUGUGGACUCGGAAGGAGCCUCCACUCCCCCGGGAAGCCCUGUAUCCUCCCGUAUCAGGAAAAAGUCUGCCCCAACAGUCUUACAAGCACCUCUCCGAGAAGCUGUAGGGCCUGACGGUGGGACGAUGUUAAUUAAGGUACCUUUCUCCACCACUGAUUUGUAAGCAUGGAAAAGGGUUGCUAAGGAUUACAGGAAUGAUCCAGUAAAUGUAACUAAACAUUUCCAGUUUAUUAUAAAACAACACAACCCCGACUGGAAUGACAUACAAUUAUUAUUAGAAUAUAUGACUGAAACGGAAAAGCAAUUAAUUUUAAAAACUGCAGGGAAUUUGGCUGAGGAUCAUUAUAAAAUUACGGGAGGAGAUGUUAAAGAAUAUCUCCCCCUUCAAGAUCCAAAAUGGGAUGCAAACAGAUCCACGCAUAUGGAAAGACUGAAGGCAUACCAGGGAUGGAUUUUAAAAGGAGUGGAGAGGGCCAUUCCCAAAACUAUAAACUGGUCAGCAUUAUAUGCAAUCAAACAAGGUCCUUCCGAGUCACCAUCCGAAUUCUUGGAUCGACUAAGGGACGUAACGCACCGCAACACACCGCUGGAUCCUGGGUCAGAGGUAGGAACGCAACAACUAGUUUCUUUGUUUUUGGGCCAGUCUACAGGAGAUAUUAGGCACAAACUCCAAAAGCUGCGUCCCACAGAAGGAAGGAACCUAGAAAUAUUGCUGGAUGAAGCGUGGAGGGUGUUCAGUAAUAGAGAGGAAGAUUACAAACGGGGACAAAGAAAGGUGGUGGCGGUCGUCAGGGAGGAGGAGGAAAGAAAACCCAGACAAGGACCGCCUCGAUUAGGCAGAGAUCAAUGUGCGUUAUGCAAAAGAUUUGGACACUGGAAAUAUGAUUGUCCGGAAAAGCGGAAAAAUAAGGAGAAGGGGCGGAAUAGUCAGAAAGAAAGAAUAAUGGCUCAUUUGAGGGAAGACUGACGGGGACCUGGGGAAUCCACCCUAGCGGAUCCACUGGUUAUAAUGAAGCUAGGGAAAAAGCAGAAGAAGGUAGAAUUUCUGGUGGACACAGGGGUGACGUAUUCAGUCUUGAACCAAGCUUUGAGGCCCCUGGGAAAUGACUAUAUCAUGGUGAAAGGGGCAACUGGCCAAAGUGAAAAGGUAUAUUUUUGUGAACCUCUGAGAUAUAAACUGGGAAAACAAUGGGGCAUCCACAGAUUUCUGUACAUGCCCAACUCCCCGAGAGCACUGUUGGGGAGAGAUUUAUUGGAACAAUUAGGUGCGAUAAUUAAAUUUGAAAAGGGAGAGAUUACUCUGGAGGUGAAUGACCAACAGUAUAUCCAAAUAAUGAGCUUAUCCCUAACUAAUGUUCCUAUAGAGGGAAAAAUCAGCGAAGAAAUUACGAACCAGGUAUACCCCGGGGUUUGGGCCACUGAUGUGCCCGGAAAAGCAAAAAAUGCUACACCUGUGGAGGUCAAACUCAAAGAAGGACGACAGCCAAUAAGAAUCAAGCAGUACCCCCUGAGGAAGGAAGACAGGGAGGGAAUUCGACCAGUAAUAGAAAAAUUUUUACAACUAGGAUUAUUAAGGGAAUGUGAAUCCGAUUUUAACACUCCCAUAUUACCUGUCCGUAAACCCGACGGGUCGUACCGGGUGGUUCAGGACCUACGGGCUAUAAAUAAAAUAACUGAAGACCUCUACCCGGUAGUGGCAAAUCCAUAUACCUUGCUGACUGUAUUGACACCUGAACUAACCUGGUUUACUGUUUUAGACCUGAAGGAUGCCUUCUUUUGCCUCCCUCUCCAUAAAUCCAGCCAGAAAAUAUUUGCAUUUGAAUGGGAAAAUCCUAAAAGAGGGCGUAAAACUCAGCUUACUUGGACGGUGUUACCACAAGGGUUCAAAAACAGUCCUACUAUAUUUGGUAACCAACUCGCAAAAGAUCUUGAGUCCUGGGAAGCCCCGCCUGAGGAAGGGAAACUGUUACGAUAUGUGGACGAUAUCCUGAUUGCAACCAAAACAGAGGACGCUUGUAUGACCUGGACGGUUAGUCUGCUAAAUUUUUUAGGGCUCCAGGGAUAUCGGGUAUCCAAGAAGAAGGCCCAAGUGAUGCAGCGUAAGGUGAUUUAUCUGGGCUAUGAAAUCAGUGCUGGACAAAGAACUUUGGGACAGACCCGGAAAGAGACAAUAUGUCAAACUCCGAGAUCACAAACAGUGAAAGAGUUAAGAACCUUCCUGGGGAUGACUGGGUGGUGCCGACUAUGGAUCUAUAACUAUGGACUGCUUGUUAAACCUCUGUAUGCACUGACAACCACUGAACAAAAACACCUUAAAUGGAAUAAAGAGACCAUACAGGCCUUCAAGUUGCUAAAAAAGGCCCUCAUGUCGGCCCCAGCCUUGGGACUCCCAGAUGUGAGUAAACCGUUCUUCCUUUUUUCCCAUGAGAAGCAGGGGAUUGCCCUAGGAAUACUAGCACAAGAUCUGGGCCCGUAUCGACGAGCAGUUGCCUACUUUUCUAAACAAUUGGAUGCAACUGCAAAAGGUUGGCCUGGAUGCCUGCGAGCAGUCGCGGCUGUAGUACUAAACAUCCAGGAAGCCCGAAAAUUCACCCUGGGCCAGAAAAUGACUGUAUUGGUGUCCCAUACAGUAUCUGUAGUACUGGAAGCAAAAGGUGGACACUGGCUUUCCCCACAAAGAUUCUUGAAAUACCAGGCUAUAAUGGUAGAACAGGAUGAUGUGGAGAUCAUAGUCACUAACAUUGUCAAUCCAGCCUCUUUCCUCAGUGGAAACACAGGGGAACCAGUACAUCAUGACUGCCUGGAGACCAUCGAAACAACAUAUUCCAGCCGUUCAGACCUGAGAGACAGUCCUAUGGAGAACACGGAAAACUGGUUCACGGAUGGAAGCAGCUACGUCCUAAGCGGUAAAAGACAUGCUGGAUAUGCCAUUACCACCAGUCAAGAAAUCAUAGAGUCAGGGCCUUUACCCAUGAGUACCUCUGCACAGAAGGCGGAAAUAAUUGCUCUGACCCGUGCCUUGGAAUUGGCCCAAGGCAAAGCUGUAAAUAUCUAUACAGACUCAAAAUAUGCCUUUGGAGUCGUACAUGCGCAUGGAGCAAUCUGGAAGGAGAGGGGAUUAUUGAACUCACAGGGCAAAAAUAUCAAGCACGCAGAAGAGAUCAUGAAACUGUUGGAGGCAGUCCAACUCCCUGAGAAAGUGGCGAUCAUGCACAUUAAGGCACAUCAGAAAGUGAACUCAGAAUUGGAAAGAGGAAAUGAGCUGGCGGACAGAGAGGCAAAACAAGCAGCUAAAGGUUGGCCAGAGGCAUUUCCUACCAGGACGGCCAAGGCUCGGGAGUCUCUUACAGAAAAGACCCUGGAACCACAAUGGGAAGGACCAUUCCAGGUACUCCUCACAUCCUUCACAGCAAUAAAGAUUAAGGAACAGAAUGCCUGGAUUCACCACUCCCGUGUGAAGAAGGCACCUAAAUCUCCAUGGAGAGUCACGCAAGUACAGCAAGGAAAGCUUACCUUGUCACGACGCUGAUUGUAAGCCUAACAGGGGGACUUGAGGCAUGGGAGAAUAAUGCCUUUUUGCAGCUACAUGACAAAAUUGCUAAUGCCAUGAACUGGUCUGAUUGCUGGAUUUGCUUUUUGCUAAAGAAGGAGGUUUAUGUAUGGUUAUUGGUGAACAUUGCUGUACCUAUGUUAACCAAGACAAAAGGAUUGAAAAGGAUUUAUCUCAAAUUUGGGAAAAAAGCAAAAAAUCUUGCAUGAAGUGGCCCAAGAUAACACAUCUUGGGUGUUUAGUGACUUAGUGGAAAGAUUAACAUCCUGGUUACUGAAUUUGACAUGGUUGAAACAAUUGUUUGUUACGACAAUUACGGUUAUGAUCCUGCUUAUAGCUCUGUGUGUAGUAGUUCGAUGUGCUUUAGGGUGUUGUCAAAACACAGGGAAUUCUUACAGCGAAUGGAAGAAAUAUCAACUAAGGCAAAGGGUAGAAUCAAAUAAAUAUUUUGAGAAAGUAUUAGAUAAAGAGUCAUUGUAUUAGCUGUAGUAAAAGAAUUUACUAACCUUUCUGAAAAAGGGGGGAUUGAUAGAGAGAACUAACACUUAAAGGAAAUGGCAGGAUCAUUAACUAGCUUAAGCCACAUAUCUAGUAAUCUUAACCCUUACGUAAGAUGUUUUAACAAAAACUAGCGUAAGGAAGGGUCAAGAUGACCCUUCGCUCUGCUUGCAUUUUUGUAACCAAUCCCAAGAUAAGGAGGUAGUAAAUCAGAAGGGAAUGAACACGGAGGAUUCUCUGCUAAUUAGGAACCGGUCUGAGUAAGUUUUGUGGUGAAGGUGAAAAGUGCACAGUGAGGAAGACAUACGGCCUUCAUCCCUGAGACCCCGGCCCACCACCACCAAGAGGCAGUGCGCGUGCGCAGCUGAGAGGAGUUAAAGGCGGAGACAAUGGAAAUGAACUCAUUGUAAUAAGACCACCUUUCCACGGAAAGAUCAUGAAUAUGUAUAGGUGCUUUUUGAAUAUGUAACAUUCUAUCCUAUAAAACUCAAAGGGAAUUGCUGCAAGGCACGCACGAUUUUGGUGGGACGACCCCCCGUGCUGCCCAGCGCUGAAUAAACAUACCUACUUUA